AUGAGCCGCCAGUUGCACCACUACCCCGGCGGGGAGCGCCUGGGCUUCAGCGGCUGCUCCGCGGUGAUCUCGGGCCGGGUCAGCAGCAGCUCGGCCUCCUUCCGCGCCGGCGUCAAGAGCACCGCGGCCUUCGGCAGCCGCAGCCUCUUCAGCGUGGGGGGCGUGGGGGGCGGCCGCCGGCUGGCCCUGAGCGCGGGCGCUGGCCGCGGCGCCGCCUACGCGCUGGGCCACUGCGCGGGCGCCGGCGGCGGGCGCGUGGCCGGCUUCGUGGGCACCGUGUUCGGCAGCGCCGGGCUGGGGCCCGCGUGCCCCUCCGUGUGCCCGCCCGGCGGCAUCCCCCAGGUCACCGUCAACAAGAGCCUCCUGGCCCCCCUCAACAUGGAGCUGGACCCCGAGAUCCAGAAGGUGCGCGCCCAGGAGCGGGAGCAGAUCAAGGCUCUGAACAACAAGUUCGCCUCCUUCAUCGACAAGGUGCGCUUCCUGGAGCAGCAGAACCAGGUGCUGGAAACCAAGUGGAACCUUCUGCAACAGCUGGAACUCAACAACUGCAAGAAAAACCUGGAACCCUUUUUUGAGGGCUACAUCAGCACCCUGCGGAAGCAGCUCGAGGCACUGUCGGGAGACAGGGUGAGGCUGGACUCGGAGCUGAGGAACAUGCAGGAUCUGGUGGAGGAGUCCAAGAAGAGGUACGAGGUGGAGAUCAACAGACGUACAGCUGCUGAGAAUGAGUUUGUGGUGCUCAAGAAGGACGUGGACGCGGCCUACAUGAACAAGGUGGAGCUCCAGGCCAAGGUGGACUCCUUGGCGGACGAGAUCAAGUUCUCCAAGUACCUCUAUGACGAGGAGAUCGCUCAGCUCCAGUCCCACAUCAGCGACACGUCUGUGGUCCUGUCCAUGGACAACAACCGGGACCUGGACCUGGACAGCAUCAUCGCUGAGGUGCGCGCCCAGUACGAGGACAUCGCCCUGAAGAGCAAGGCCGAGGCCGAGGCACUGUACCAGACCAAGAUCCAGGAGCUGCAGCUCACAGCCGGCCGGCAUGGUGACGACCUCAAGCUCACCCGGGCUGAGAUCUCUGAGAUCAACCGGCUGAUCCAGCGGAUCCGUUCCGAGAUAGGGAAUGUGAAGAAGCAGUGCUCCAACCUGGAGACGGCCAUUGCCGACGCGGAGCAGCGCGGUGACUGUGCCCUCAAGGACGCCCGGGCCAAGCUGGACGAGCUGGAGGGCGCCCUGCAGCAGGCCAAGGAGGAGCUGGCCCGGAUGCUGCGCGAGUACCAGGAGCUGAUGAGCACCAAGCUGGCCCUGGACAUGGAGAUCGCCACCUACCGCAAGCUGCUGGAGGGCGAGGAGUGCCGGAUGUCUGGUGAAUACCCCAACUCCGUGAGCAUCUCCGUCAUCAGCAACACCAACGCCGGGCCGGCAGGGGCUGGCUUCAGCGUGGGCUUCGGCGCCUCCAGCACCUACAGCUACAAACCGGCAGCAGCAGUGGCGGAAGUGAAGACCAAAGGCAGCUGUGGCAGCAGCGAGUUCAAGGACCCGCUGGCCAAGACCUCGGGCCCCAGCUGCGCGACCAAGAAGGCCUCCAGAUGAGCGGUGGGCGCGGGACGGCUCUGCAAGC